AUGGCAGAGCACAUGCCGCUGAUGUCUUGGGACACUGUUGUGCACCGACUCUUGGGACCGAUCUUACGUGUGAUUAUAUCGACACAAGUGAGUGUCGAGGGAACUCUAUUAGCCGUUUCCGACAACAUGUUUGUUCACAAUAACUCCAAACACGGCAGACGAGCAAAAAGAUUGGACGCCUCUGAAGUUCCCUUUACAGCCACUCCAUGUAUUAAAGCCAUCAGUCCGACCGAGGGCUGGACUUCUGGCGGCUCUACUGUUAUCAUAAUCGGUGAUAAUUUCUUCGAUGGACUCCAAGUUGUUUUCGGAACUAUGUUGGUCUGGAGUGAGUUUGUCACUUCACACGCCAUUAAAGUACAAACCCCUCCGAGACAUAUACCCGGUGUGGUUGAGGUGACCCUCUCUUAUAAAUCAAAGCAGUUUUCAUUAAACGAGCCAACCAUAGAUCACGGAUUUCUAAGAUUAGCCAAACUUAUUCCUCGACAUCCGGGAGACCCAGAAAAGCUGCCAAAAGAAAUAAUACUGAAGAGAGCGGCAGACUUGGCCGAAGCGUUGUAUAGUAUGCCGCGUAACACACCGUCACAAUUGGCUGGACUACCGGCGCCCAGAUCUCCGGCCAGUGCGCUGAACAACGCGGCGGCGGCCGCAGCCAUGUCGGUCGGAUUCAACGCGGCCUAUGCCGCCAGUGCAGGUCAGCUCAGCUGUCCUAAUGACCAGACACUCUAUCAUCAGAACCCACCGUCCAAUGCAUGCUUGGACUACAACCGAACGCAGGCCAGUAGUGUAUCGCCGAGUCGUGGCUACGGUUCCAACGCGUCGACCCCUCACAGCAGUAGUGGCGGCAGUUCUUAUGGCGGCAACGGAACCGCUGCCACCAUGAAUGGAGGCUACGGUAGUCCACCGACUAAUAUGACAACACCAGUGCCCGGCUCUCCCGGUCUGUUCAAUGGUAUGAGUAGUAUAGUGUCUGCCUCGCCAUUCGCAGCUAUGAACCCGUUUGCAUUGCCCACGUGUAACGGCCAGUCGUACGGCUCAUCAAUUGUAUCGUCGACCAAAUGAUCAAAACAGUGAUCAACUCUUUUAUGAACACGAUUUACAUAUUAUGACAAAACCGUUGUUUUACUGGACGCACAUUAUAUUGAAUAUUACCAUAUUCUAUAUUAUAGUGUAUUACUGUAUAUAUUAUAUCAUAUAAUAUGAGGAUUGUAUUCAUUUUAAGUAUAAUUUAGAGCAAACUUUACAACGAAUUAUAUUAAUGAGAGA